ACUUUCGAACGCAUUACCUGUGCCUAAACGAAUUGAAAAAAAAAGUAAAUAAAAAAUAAAACUGUCAAACGUUCCCGCGGAAUCCGCACCGGGCUUCGUGCGUUUGAAUUUCGAAAUUUACUGACGUUUGUGAUUUUUAUUUUUUAGAUUUUUUUUUCUACCUGUGCCGUCGGCAAUUUUUAUGUAAUACAAGUAACAGUUAUAUAACAAUCAUUUCGGCCUCAUAUUUUGGUAGUUGCGAUAGUCUACACUUUGCCAUGGAUAAAGUCGCUUUCGAACCGACAACAGUGUCCUAAUUUCGACCAAGAAGUUUUAUAGUGUUGUGUUAAAUAAAAAAAAAGUGAAGUGUGUCGGGACCUCUUUGCUGUCAAAAAAAAAUGCAAUAAGCAACGCCGAAGAAGAGUAAACCAAAUUCCAAGAUGGCCGCCGUUUCCCAGCUGAUUUCCGUCAAUGACGUCAUAAGCGAGAAUUUGAAUAAAAAUGAAAAAAAUACGUACUGUGCUCAGUGCAAUGACAAUGUAGAUGAAAACAUGAACAAUAUGAGUGAUAAUUUAACUGAAGUGCAAAAAUUUUAUAAUGGCAAAAAUAUUCUUAUUACUGGAGCCACUGGUUUCCUUGGCAAGAUCUUGGUGGAGAAACUCCUGAGAUGCUGUCCAGGCGUAGAGAACCUGUACCUGCUGGUGCGGCAGAAGAGGGGCAAGGAUAUCUAUACUAGGAUGGAAGAAAUAUUCGAUGAUCCGGUGUUCAGCCGGUUAAAAGAAGAGGUGCCUAAGUUCAGACAUAAGGUGGUUGUGGUGCCGGCAGACUGUGAGGCUGCGGGACUCGGCCUCACGCUGACAGACCGACAAAUGCUUACUGAAAAGGUGAACAUUAUAUUCCACUCGGCGGCUACGGUGAAGUUCGACGAGCACCUCCGAGCAGCACUGGUGACUAACGUGAUGGCUCCACUACAUCUACUCCGGCUGGCUAGAGACCUGAAGAAGUUAGAUGUACUAAUGCACAUAUCGACAGCGUACUCCAACUCUCACUUACCGCUGAUUGAAGAGAGGUUCUACCCUUGCGAAGCUGAUUGCGAGCAACUACACCAGGUGGUUGACAAGCUGACGGACGACCAGCUAAAUAAAAUGUUGCCUAAGAUACUAGGACCAUGGCCAAACACGUAUACCUUUACAAAGGCGUUAGCGGAAAAGGAGCUACGGGCGAGUGCGGGAGGCAUGCCUAUAGGUAUAUUUAGACCGGCUAUAGUUAUAUCUACAGCUAAGGAGCCGUUGAAAGGCUGGUUAGACAACAUGUAUGGACCCACCGGAGUUGCUGUUGGCAGUGCCACUGGCAUCUUAAGGACAAUGCAGUGUGACGAGAUGGUGUCAGCAGACAUCGUGCCUGUGGACUCAGUAGUCAACUGCCUCAUGGUAGCGGCAUGCAGUGUACAUAAUGCUUAUAAAACAAGUUCUCCACCACUAGAACCUCCGAUCUUCAACUAUGUAAGCUCAGUGGAGAAUAGGAUCACCUGGGGCGACUUUUUGUCCAAGAAUAUGGCCUGGAUCCACCACUACCCAUUCACUGAUGCUGUUUGGUUCAUAUCAGUGAGGCUAACGAAAUCGGCUGCAAUAAAUAAAAUGUACAUGUUCUUCUUGCACCUUGUACCGGCUACACUGGUCGAUGGGCUAGCCGUCUGCUUAGGGAGAAAGCCAAAGAUGCUAAAAGUAUACCGUAAGAUACACAAGUUUUCAUCAGUCCUAUCAUAUUUCUGUACGCGAGAAAUCAAAUUCUGCAACAGCCGGACGAGAGAACUUUGGGAGAAGACUUCUGAAGCCGAUAAGAAGAUAUAUCCAUUCAGCAUGACCGAAUUGAAUUGGGAGGAGUACUUCCGAGACUAUCUCGCCGGCAUCAGGAGGUAUUUGUUCAAGGAGAGCGAUGACACACUACCUCAAGCCAGGAUUAAGUGGAAAAGACUAUACUAUCUACACCAGAUAACAAGGUUCAUUUUCUUCAUCCUGGCAGUCUACGCGCUAUGGUGGAUCUUAUCAUUAUUGUGGUGAUUUAUUUUUAAAGUUAAAUUGUACAGUUUGUGUAUAAAAACGUGAUUUUAAUACCUACAUAUGUACAAAGAGCACAAGAAUUUAGUUUGCAGGGAAGUAAAUAGAUUGAUAAAUUAUUAUGUUUUCGUCUUACUCACGUAAUUAUUUGACGAGGAACUCUAUUACUGAGCGUAG